AGUGCGGAGCAGAUGGAAAGAGUGUUGGUGAAAGAAAGAGAGAGAUAGAGAGUCAGGAGAAACCAUGCAGUAUCUGAGGAAGCCUAGUGAGCGUAGUGACCGAGCCUGACGACCUGAUCACCCCAGACAACAAGGAAAGAGCAGUCUGGUCAACCUCAAGACCCGGACAUACACACCUCCAACAGGAGAAAGAGAAAUAAACAGAGAGAAAGAGCGAGAGAGAGAGAGAGCGAGACAGAGAUAGAGAGCGCGAAAGAGAGAGAGAGGAGAACGCCAGAUGUGUGAGAGAGAGCAGAGAGAAGGAGAUGCUCAGAGAGAGCGGACAGUGACCAGAAAGGAGACCAGAGGAAGAAAGAGAAACGAAAGAGACCACUGAGAGAGUGCCUGUGGUAGUGCUGAAAUCUGGAUUGUCUGUAAAGGGGUGCUUGACUUUUGGUUCUGUGGCUCUGAGAGACAACGGGAGCUCUGAGAAACAGUUUGGGGGAGUUCUGUGUUUCACUCUGCCAACAGUAUUACCUGUGUGUGGAAACACUGUGUUACGAGACUGCUUCAAGUGUUCUGAAGAGGACAAAAUAGUAGCCAAAGAAAAGGAGGACAGAAAGAGGACAGAUAAAUAAAAAGGAAAGAAAGCUAUACAUUUAGAAAGAAAGAACAAGAAGGAACCAGAGAGUAAGCAAGAGAAAAACAAAGCUAGAGACAGACAAUAACAGAUAGACAAAAAUACAGGAUGGCAAACUCAGGAUUCCAGUUACUGGGUUACUUCCUGGCGCUGGGUGGUUGGAUAGGCAUCAUCUCCACCACGGCUCUGCCCCAGUGGAAGCAGUCUUCGUACGCGGGCGACGCCAUCAUCACGGCCGUCGGGCUCUAUGAGGGCCUGUGGAUGAGCUGUGCCUCCCAGAGUACAGGACAGGUGCAGUGCAAGGUGUUUGACUCCAUGCUGUCACUGGACGUUCACAUCCAGACGUGUCGUGCUCUUAUGGUGGUGUCCGUGCUGCUGGGCUUCAUAGGAAUGAUAGUGAGUGUGGUGGGGAUGAAGUGCACUAAGGUGGGCGACAAUAACCCCGCCUCCAAGGGGCUCAUCGCUGUGUCUGGAGGAGCCCUCUUUCUACUCGCAGGUCUGUGUACGCUGGUGUCCGUGUCCUGGUAUGCCACUCAGGUGUCCUAUCAUUUCUUCAACCCAAACACGCCGGUCAAUGCCAGGUAUGAGUUUGGGUCAGCCCUGUUUGUGGGAUGGGCGGCGGCCAGCUUGGCGGUUUUGGGUGGAUCCUUCCUGUGCUGCUCCUGCUCCAAUGAGGAGAGGCGAGGGCAGCAGUACUACCGCCAAUCACAACCAUCCACAGCCAGGGAACCAAAUGUUAAACAUUCCCCACCAGAGAAAAAGGAGGAAUACUUGUAGUUUGGGUGACUCCUUUGGCCCCACGAUGUGUUAGAUUUUUGGCAACAGGCAAGACACUGUCUAACACAAACAGACAAGACACUCUCUCAAAGAAAACAGAAGCAGACAAGACACUCUCAAUAGAAAACAUAAGCAGACAAGACACUUUCAAUAGAAAAGACACUUUCAGAAAGCAAACAAAAUAAAUCCAGAAUACACUGAAUACAUCUGCAGACCAACCCUAAUGGGUAGCUAGUACUGUAUCAUUCUUAAAGAUGCCCAUGUGUUAAAUGUUUGUCAAUGUAUUUUAGAAUCAGUUUUGUACACAAGCAAUAUUAAAUGGUAUUCUGCACAGGUAUUAUUUGUGCUCACACAUGACAAAUAACUGCUAUUUGGAUAAUUGAAAGAUGGUGAACCUGAAUCUGUAAUUCUUUCUGUCUGUAGUCUGUCUUUAGUUUCUGGGAGAGGAAGUCAUUAGGGGGUGUUUAUAGAACAUAGAAUACAGAAGUGCCCAGAUGUAUACACCACCACCUCCAGCCUUUCUACUACAUAUUCUCUACUGCAGUGCCUUAUAACAUGUGUGUUUGUGUGUAUGUUUUUGACUGUUAUACACGGAUCCCACAGUGUCACAUCCUAUAUGGACAUAUUGUAAAACGUAUCCGUGGACAUGUCUUUUCUCUUGCAUGAAAUGUACCAUUCAGACAAACUGUUGCAUGUAGUUGUAUCUCUGAACAUGAAUAUGUACUGUACUGUAGCUAGUAUACCACUUAGAAAACAACAGACAGAGAGAUUCCUAAAUGUCCCUAACUGAUGAGAGCGAUGGCACGCUUUGUAAAAGUUGUGAGACUGUUUGGAAGAAGUACAUGUACAGUAGCCCAGAUUGAGGAUAUUAUUAUACAUGCAUUCGAUUUAGUUACGUGCCAAUAUGAUUUAGUGUGGAUGGAAGAUGUGUUUUGUUAUUGACUACGGCAAAUUGUUCUGUACUCCGGGUGCUGAAAGCACCGUCUCCUGUACAGGUACUGUACUUAGUAACGGACAGUUUGCUGAAUGUAAUCAGGUCAAACGUGCUUUUCUGUUGCCUACAUUUAUUUACCAUGCAUUUUCUUCAUCUAAUAUUCACUAUUAUUAUUUGAUGUAUCAUUUCUUUUGAAGUAUACUCAUGUAUGUUUCUUUUAGAAUAAAGU